AUGGCUCUCACUGCUCAACCCGCCGCCCACCCCAACUGGGGACGCUGGCCGCAGAACAUCCCCAACGACUUCAACAUGAUGGACGGCCAGGGCUUCCUUCCCUACGACUCCCGUGGCCCUCCUCAGAUGCAGCAGCCUCAACGGCACAUGGCUCCCCAAUAUGUUGUUGGCCCGGCUUACAACCCGCAACCAACGCCUCCCACCUUUACCACCCCUCAAUACCAGGGUCCCGCGACUUUCCAAUAUGUGCCUUACCACAGCCCGUCGCCCACUUCGCCUGUUGCCUCGCCCUUUCGCAAUGACUACCAGGAGCGCCAGCUACCCCAGGUUGACCAGGGCCGCAUGAUUUUCCAGCGCGACUCCAAGUCUCUCCACGAGAUGCAGGCUCCUUCUCCUUCUACUCGCAGCGAGUCUCGGGGCUCUGUCAGCCGUUCUUCUGUUUCUUCGCACCCUACCGCCUCCGCCAAAACGAUUACCUACAACGAGACCCUCAACCCCGUUGACCGAGUCAACUUUGACACUGAUGUCGAUGAGCUCAUGAAGGCUAUCCAGAGAAAGAAGUCUGAGGCCAAGGUCGAGGCCUCCCAGGGCCCUACACCUGCUCACACUCCCCGCGCUGACCACACAGAGCCCUCGUCUCCGUCAAGUAUCGCCGCCCCAGCUGAGAGCAAGCCCAAGAAGAAGUGGGUUUGCGAUGGUCCUAGCUGCCACAAGAGCUUUGUUCAGAAGACUCAUCUCGACAUCCACCGCCGCACUCACACCGGUGCCAAACCCUACGUCUGCACCAAGGAAAACUGUGGUCUUACCUUCUCCCAGCGAGGUAACCUCAAGACACACAUGCGCCGCCACACUGGCGAGAAGCCCUUCUGCUGCCGCAUCUGUGGCAAGACUUUUGCUCAACGUGGCAACGUCCGCUCCCACGAGGAGACUCACAAGGGCAUGAAGCCAUACGUUUGCAAGCUCGAUGACUGCAACAAGACCUUCUCCCAGCUGGGCAACAUGAAGACGCACCAGAACAACUUCCACAAGGAGACCAUUCAGAGGCUGAUUGCCCUGUUCGUCAAGCUUGCUGCCGAGGGCGAUAUUCCCGAGGAGCACCAGGAGCUCUUUGAGUACUUCAACGAGCACUAUAAGAACAGCAACAAGGGUGUCAAGGGCCGCGGCAAGGCACGCACCGUGGCGGCGCGCAAGCCCAAGGGUCCGCCCCGAUCUCAAAGUCUCUCUUGCCCGGUUCCCCAGCUGCCUUUGCCCCAAAUUCCCCGGCACCACAGCCUAUCUGCCUACGACCUGUCGAGCCAGACCACCACCCCUGGCAUGGCCAGCAUUCCCAGAACGCACAACCCCGAGUACGCCAUGUUUGACCAGCCCGACGUCCUCUACGAGGAGGACCACAGCCACAUGAGUUUCACCGACCGCCUGUACUAA